AUGUUGUCUCAGACUUCUAUACCAGAAGUGAAAGAAGAUGUGAUAGGCUACGCCCUGCACCAGAGGAGGGCCAGAGUGGGCCAAUUCCAGGACUUGGGCCCUCCCGAUUUGAUUACUCUGAUUAAAUCGCUGCCUUCGUCCUCGAGCGCCACGGCUGUUAACACUUCAGCUAAUGAUAAUGGAGCAGGCUCUGGCAUCAAUGGUCAGGAUCCUAUAACGAUAGUUACUGAAUUGCAUUCUCAUGAUAAAUUAAAGGGCCAAAUCGGUACGUUUUUCUAUUGUAUGGGUAUUGAUACGUCGGACCCAACUUCUAUUACAAUCUUUGCAAAAAAGAUAACUGAUCUUUUCUUAGACACGCCCCAAAUCUGGUUUGGCAAGAAAAAACACUUUCACGUUUCGAAGAUUUCUAUCAGUUCUUGGAACGCCUUUAGAAAAUAUGAUGUCAAUAUCAUAGUUCACAUCCCGGGAACCGUGCAAACCUAUAUCAUAAGCAGCGACGGUGAGCAAUCGCAGCUUCCCUCCGUAGCGGAAACUUCAUCUGGCUCCAACUCACAGGACUCGAACGUAAAUAUGAUCUGGGCAGAAACUUUUAUGAGUGGUGUCGUACGCGACAUUAUGCUUAUGAAGGAUAAUCGGGUAGACGGAGAGUCCCAAAAUUUGGUGGAAACUCUGAUUCUUAAUCCAUUGACCUCCGGUGAAUUGGAAGAUGUCGCCGCAAAUUUUAUCAAGCUGUUUCCCUUGGUUUAUGAGAAAGGUGUCUAUCUAGACGCGCCCACUCAUAUUUUGAAUCCCUCCUUAACCAAUAAUUAUUUGGUCGAAACUUUGGUAGAAAUAGUUAGACUAACCAAGAGUUUGGAUGCAUGUCGUAAAAUGCUCGAGAAGCUGAUAGAAACCCAUCCAGAAGCAGUGAUAAUCUUGAUUCGUGUCUACUUUGCGUGUGAUUUAGAAAUAGAUGCGGUUGACUUGAUCAAUGAGCAAUUGAAUUCCCCUUCGUCAUUCCUAGCCGAUGAUUCAAAAACAAGCCAUAUCCAGUUGAUUUUCAAAUCUGAGCUAUUAAGCAUUCAAAGCGAAUUUUUGCUGACCGUUAAGAGAGACUACAAGCUUGCCAAAGAAGUAGCCAUAGAGGCUGUGAAUUGUGCACCAAAUGAAUUUAAAACCUGGUAUUUAUUGACUAAGAUAUAUACCAAAUUGAACGACAUAUCAAAUGCUUUGCUAUCAUUGAACGCCUGUCCCAUGUCCCAGGUUAAGGAAAAAUAUGUCCUGAGAAGAAUUGCCCCCAUUACUUCAGACGAAAAUCUUCACUUGCCCUUACCACUGGAUGCAUCGAUUGAAGAAAUUUCGUCGUUGAACCCCAUGGAUGUCCAAUUGGAGCAAAAAUCCGCUGAUCCAAACUUAGUCAACCUUUCCGCAUCAAGUUUGAAAUCUACUUUCCAGUUAGCCUAUAAACUACUGACAGAAAUUGUUCAGAUAACAGGAUGGGAACAGCUCUUGAGGUACAGAUCAAAGAUAUUCGUCAUGGAAGAUGAGUAUCAAGGAUCUACCUCUUCGAUAGAUGAAGCAAAUGCUCAUGGUAACGAAAUGUUUAAAAUGAGGUCCAAGAGAUUAUGUGAAAGAUGGUUGGACAAUCUUUUCAUGCUCCUAUAUGAGGAUUCGAAAGUUUAUACCGAUUGGCAGUCGGAGCAGUUGUAUUUUGAUGCUCAAAACAGCAAAUAUCACAAAUUGACCGUUGAAUGGGAAUUAUUUGGCCUUUGCGCGAAAAGACUAGGACAUCUUCCAGAAGCUGCGAAGGCCUUCCAAAUUGGGCUCUCCCAAAGAUUCUCUCCAGUAUGCGCAAAGAAUCUACUGGAAUUUUACAUCAACGAACAUAAACGUAUAAGAGGAGAUUCGAUUUCAGAAAACUUAGAAUUAACUUCUUCUCAAAUAUUGUCAAGUAUCAACGACUUGGACAGCUCAAUAAUCGAUCUAGUAGUCAAGAUUUGUUGCUGGAAUCACCGUUGGUACAUUGAGUUCUCAAUAAUACUAAUAGAUGCUUUGAGUGUCGUAGUUCAAGACAUGGGCCUUACUAAAGUGCAUAAUGAGAUUGUCUCUAGAUUUUCCGACCCAGUGGCUCAAUUGGUUGACGAUAACAUUCUAAGUUUUUUAAAGAAUUUUACAAAUGACACUUUCGAUAAUUGA